GCGCCUCUCCCCGGCCGGGCGGACACUUGGUUCAUUCCAGCCGCAGAAGCUGAGGGCUCCCGCGUACCGGGAUUUUUUCCGAGCAGAAAAAAGCUCCAGAGCUCUCCUGACCUCCUUUCUCCUCAGCGGCGAGUGGAGCCUCUCCCUCGGCGCUGCCGGCCGCGCCAUGCCGCGCUCGCGGGGACGGAAGCAGGGGCGCUGCGGCUGCCCCGCGGGGAGGGCUCGUGGUGAAGCCGGGAUUUCGGCGCUGGUGCCGGGCGCUGGGAGCCGCUGGGGCCGCUCGCCGCCGCUGCCGCCGCCGCUGCUGCUGCUGCUGGGCUGGGGGCUGCUCAGUGCCUCGGCCGCCGCGGGCCAGAACUGCACGUUCCAACUGCAGGGUCCCAAUGGCACCGUGGAGAGCCCAGGCUUCCCUUAUGGCUACCCCAAUUACGCCAACUGCACAUGGACCAUCACCGCGGAGGACCAGCACAGGAUCCAGCUUGUGUUCCAGUCCUUUGCCCUGGAGGAGGACUUUGAUGUCCUGUCGGUGUUUGAUGGACUGCCCCAGCCAGAGAACCUGCGAACCAGACUCACUGGCUUUCAGCUGCCGGCCACCAUCGUCAGCGCUGCCACCACCCUCUCUCUGCGCCUCAUCAGUGACUAUGCAGUCAGCGCGCAGGGUUUUCAUGCCAGCUACGAAGUUCUCCCCAGCCACACGUGCGGGAACCCCGGGAGGCUGCCCAACGGUGUCCAGCAGGGCUCAACCUUCAACCUCGGCGAUAAGGUCCGCUACAGCUGCAACCCCGGCUUCUUCCUGGAGGGCCACGCCGUGCUCACCUGCCACGCCAGCUCCGAGAACAGUGCCACGUGGGACUUUCCGCUGCCCUCCUGCAGAGCGGACGAUGCGUGCGGCGGGACCCUGCGGGGCCAGAGCGGUAUCAUCUCCAGCCCACACUUCCCCGCGGAGUACCACAACAACGCCGACUGCACCUGGACCAUCCUGGCUGAGCUGGGGGACACUAUCGCGCUGGUGUUUAUUGACUUCCAGCUGGAGGACGGUUACGACUUUCUGGAAGUCACGGGGACCGAAGGCUCCUCCCUCUGGUUCACUGGAGCCAGCCUCCCGGCCCCCGUUAUCAGCAGCAAGAACUGGCUGCGGCUGCACUUCACGUCCGACGGCAACCACCGGCAGCGCGGCUUCAGUGCCCAGUACCAAGUCAAGAAGCAAAUCGAGUUGAAGUCUCGAGGUGUGAAGCUGAUGCCCAGCAAAGAUAACAACCAGAAGACGUCUGUGUUAACUCAGGUUGGUGUGUCCCAAGGGCAUAAUAUGUGUCCAGACCCUGGCAUACCUGAAAGGGGCAAAAGACUAGGCUCAGAUUUCAGGUUAGGAUCCAGCGUCCAGUUCACCUGCAACGAGGGUUAUGACCUGCAAGGGUCCAAGCGGAUCACCUGUAUGAAAGUCAGUGACAUGUUCGCAGCCUGGAGUGACCACAGGCCGGUCUGCCGAGCCCGCAUGUGUGAUGCCCACCUUCGAGGCCCCUCGGGCAUCAUCACCUCCCCCAAUUUCCCCAUUCAAUACGACAACAAUGCACACUGUGUGUGGAUCAUCACAGCACUCAACCCCGCCAAGGUGAUCAAGCUGGCCUUUGAGGAGUUUGACCUGGAGAGAGGCUACGACACCCUCACGGUCGGGGACGGAGGGCAGGAUGGGGACCAGAAGACUGUUCUCUACAUCCUGACAGGUAACUCGGUCCCGGAUCUCAUCGUCAGCACCAACCAUCAAAUGUGGCUCCUCUUCCAGACCGAUGGCAGCGGCAGCUCCCUGGGCUUCAAGGCUUCUUACGAAGAGAUCGAGCAGGGCAGCUGUGGAGAUCCUGGCAUACCUGCCUACGGCCGGAGGGAAGGCUCCCGGUUCCGCCACGGUGAUACCCUCCACUUUGAGUGCCAACCUGCCUUCGAGCUGGUGGGGCAGAAGGCAAUCACGUGCCAAAAGAAUAACCAAUGGUCGGCUAAGAAGCCAGGCUGCGUGUUCUCCUGCUUCUUCAACUUCACCAGCCCCUCUGGGGUCGUCCUGUCCCCCAACUACCCGGAGGACUAUGGCAACCACCUCCACUGCGUCUGGCUCAUUCUCGCCCGGCCAGAAAGCCGCAUCCACCUGGCCUUCAAUGACAUCGACGUGGAACCUCAGUUUGACUUCCUGGUCAUCAAGGAUGGGGCCACCGCCGAGGCCCCGGUCCUGGGCACCUUCUCAGGAAACCAGCUCCCCUCCUCCAUCACAAGCAGCGGCCACGUGGCCCGUCUGGAGUUCCAGACUGACCACUCCACCGGGAAGAGGGGCUUCAACAUCACCUUUACCACCUUCCGACAUAAUGAGUGUCCAGAUCCAGGCGUUCCAGUGAACGGCAAACGGUUUGGUGACAGCCUCCAGCUGGGAAGCUCCAUCUCCUUCCUCUGCGACGAAGGCUUCCUGGGGACUCAGGGCUCAGAGACCAUCACCUGCAUCCUGAAGGAGGGCAGUGUGGUCUGGAACAGCGCCGUGCUGCGGUGUGAAGCUCCCUGCGGUGGCCAUCUGACGUCACCUAGUGGCACCAUCCUGUCUCCGGGCUGGCCUGGCUUCUACAAGGAUGCCCUGAGCUGCGCCUGGGUGAUUGAAGCCCAGCCAGGCUACCCCAUCAAAAUCACCUUCGACAGAUUUAAAACCGAGGUCAACUAUGACACACUGGAAGUGCGAGAUGGCCGGACGUACUCGGCGCCCUUGAUCGGGGUUUACCAUGGGACCCAGGUCCCCCAGUUCCUCAUCAGCACCAGCAACUACCUCUACCUCCUCUUCUCUACCGACAAGAGCCACUCGGACAUCGGCUUCCAGCUCCGUUACGAGACCAUCACACUGCAGUCAGACCACUGUCUGGACCCAGGGAUCCCCGUCAACGGGCAGCGUCAUGGGAAUGACUUCUACGUGGGUGCUCUGGUGACCUUCAGCUGUGACUCAGGCUACACUUUAAGCGACGGGGAGCCCCUGGAAUGUGAGCCCAACUUCCAGUGGAGCCGGGCCCUGCCCAGUUGUGAAGCACUCUGUGGUGGCUUCAUUCAAGGCUCCAGUGGGACCAUUUUGUCACCAGGGUUCCCUGACUUCUACCCCAACAACUUGAACUGCACCUGGGUCAUCGAAACAUCACAUGGCAAGGGUGUAUUCUUCACUUUUCACACCUUCCACCUGGAGAGUGGCCACGACUACCUCCUCAUCACGGAGAACGGCAGCUUCACACAGCCCCUGCGGCAGCUGACUGGCUCGCGGCUGCCGGCCCCCAUCAGUGCCGGGCUCUACGGCAACUUCACGGCCCAGGUCCGCUUCAUUUCCGACUUCUCCAUGUCCUACGAAGGCUUCAACAUCACCUUCUCAGAAUAUGACUUGGAGCCCUGUGAGGAGCCCGAGGUCCCAGCCUACAGCAUCCGCAAGGGCUUGCAGUUUGGUGUAGGGGACACCCUGACCUUCUCCUGCUUCCCCGGGUACCGGCUGGAGGGCACGGCCCGCAUCACGUGCCUGGGGGGCAGACGGCGCCUGUGGAGUUCGCCUCUGCCAAGGUGUGUUGCCGAGUGUGGGAAUUCGGUCACGGGCACUCAGGGCACUUUGCUGUCCCCCAACUUUCCUGUGAACUACAAUAACAACCACGAAUGUAUCUACUCCAUCCAGACCCAGCCGGGAAAGGGGAUUCAGCUCAAAGCCAGGGCAUUUGAACUCUCUGAAGGAGACGUCCUCAAGGUCUACGAUGGCAACAACAACUCUGCCCGUUUGCUGGGGGCGUUCAGCCGCUCCGAGAUGCUGGGGGUGACACUGAACAGCACAUCCAGCAGUCUGUGGCUGGAUUUCAUCACGGAUGCCGAGAACACCAGCAAGGGCUUUGAGCUGCAGUUUUCCAGUUUUGAACUCAUCAAAUGUGAGGACCCGGGAACCCCCCAGUUUGGCUACAAGGUUCAUGAUGGAGGCCAUUUUGCCGGGAGCUCCGUGUCCUUCAGCUGUGACCCUGGGUACAGCCUGCGGGGCAGCGAGGAGCUGCUGUGUCUGAGCGGGGAGCGCAGGACCUGGGACCGGCCGCUACCCACUUGUGUUGCUGAGUGUGGAGGGACAGUGCAAGGAGAAGUGUCCGGGCAAGUGCUGUCACCCGGGUAUCCAGCUCCCUACGAACACAACCUCAACUGCAUCUGGAUCAUCGAGGCUGAUGCCGGCUGCACCAUUGGGCUCCACUUCCUGGUGUUCGACACGGAGGAGGUCCACGACGUGCUGCGCAUCUGGGAUGGGCCCGUGGAGAGCGGGGUUCUGCUGCGAGAGCUCAGCGGCCCCGCCCUGCCCAAGGACCUGCACAGCACCUUCAACUCGGUCGUUCUGCAGUUCAGCACUGACUUCUUCACCAGCAAGCAGGGCUUUGCCAUUCAGUUCUCAGUGUCCACAGCAACAUCCUGCAAUGACCCUGGGGUCCCCCAGAAUGGGAGCCGGAGUGGUGACAGCUGGGAAGCCGGUGACUCCACAGUGUUCCAGUGUGACCCCGGCUACGCGCUGCAGGGAAGCGCAGAGAUCAACUGUGUGAAGAUCGAGAAUAGAUUCUUCUGGCAGCCCAGCCCGCCAACGUGCAUCGCUCCCUGCGGGGGAGACCUAACGGGGCCAUCAGGCGUCAUUCUGUCACCAAAUUACCCAGAGCCCUACCCGCCAGGCAAGGAGUGUGACUGGAAGGUGACUGUCUCGCCAGACUACGUCAUCGCCCUGGUAUUUAACAUCUUUAACUUGGAGCCUGGCUAUGACUUCCUCCAUAUCUACGACGGACGGGACUCUCUCAGCCCUCUCAUAGGAAGCUUCUAUGGCUCCCAGCUCCCAGGCCGCAUCGAGAGCAGCAGCAACAGCCUCUUCCUGGCCUUCCGCAGUGACGCAUCUGUGAGCAAUGCCGGCUUCGUCAUCGACUACACAGAAAACCCACGGGAGUCAUGUUUUGAUCCUGGUUCCAUCAAGAACGGCACUCGAGUGGGGUCCGACCUGAAGCUGGGCUCCUCUAUCACCUACUACUGCCACGGGGGCUAUGAGGUGGAGGGCUCUUCGACCCUGAGCUGCAUCCUGGGGCCCGAUGGGAAGCCUGUGUGGAACCAUCCACGGCCAGUGUGCACAGCCCCCUGCGGGGGACAGUAUGUGGGUUCAGACGGAGUGGUCUUGUCCCCCAACUAUCCCCAGAACUACACCAGUGGACAGAUCUGCCUCUAUUUUGUCACCGUGCCCAAGGACUAUGUGGUGUUUGGACAGUUUGCCUUCUUCCACACGGCCCUCAAUGACGUGGUGGAGGUGCACGACGGCCACGACCAACAUUCUCGGCUCCUCAGCUCCCUGUCCGGCUCCCACACAGGAGAAUCGCUGCCCUUGGCCACCUCCAAUCAAGUCCUCAUUAAGUUCAGUGCCAAAGGCCAAGUACCAGCCAGAGGCUUCCAUUUUGUCUACCAAGCGGUGCCCCGAACCAGCGCCACGCAGUGCAGCUCAGUGCCGGAACCCCGCUAUGGCAAGAGGCUGGGCAGUGACUUCUCCGUGGGGGCUGUCGUCCGCUUCGAAUGCAACUCCGGCUAUGCCCUGCAGGGGUCCCCAGAAAUCGAGUGCCUCCCUGUGCCCGGGGCCUUGGCCCAGUGGAAUGUCUCAGCACCAACGUGCGUGGUGCCCUGUGGAGGCAACCUCACGGAGCGCAGGGGCACCAUCCUGUCCCCCGGCUUCCCGGAGCCCUACCUCAACAGCCUCAAUUGUGUGUGGAAGAUCAUGGUCCCUGAAGGCGCUGGCAUCCAGAUUCAAGUCAUCAGUUUUGUCACAGAGCAGAACUGGGACUCCCUGGAAGUGUUUGAUGGUGCAGACAACACUGUAACCAUGCUGGGGAGUUUCUCAGGAACGACUGUGCCUGCCCUUCUGAACAGCACCUCCAAUCAGCUCUACCUGCAUUUCUACUCAGAUAUCAGCGUGUCUGCAGCCGGCUUCCACUUGGAGUACAAAACGGUGGGCCUGAGCAGCUGUCCAGAACCUGCUGUGCCCAGUAACGGAGUGAAGACUGGCGAGCGCUAUUUGGUGAAUGACGUGGUCUCUUUCCAUUGUGAGCCGGGAUAUGCCCUCCAGGGCCACGCACACAUCUCCUGCAUGCCCGGGACCGUGCGGCGCUGGGACUACCCACCUCCGCUCUGUAUUGCGCAGUGUGGGGGAGCAGUGGAAGACAUGGAGGGGGUGAUCCUGAGCCCCGGCUUCCCGGGCAACUACCCCAGCAACAUGGACUGUUCCUGGAAAAUAGCCCUGCCCGUGGGCUUUGGAGCUCACAUCCAGUUCCUGAACUUCUCCACGGAGCCCAACCAUGACUUCAUCGAAAUCCGGAAUGGCCCCUACGAGACCAGCCGCAUGAUGGGCAGAUUCAGCGGGAGCGAGCUGCCCAGCGCCCUGCUCUCCACGUCCCACGAGACCACCGUGUACUUCCACAGCGACCACUCCCAGAACCGGCCGGGAUUCAAGCUGGAGUACCAGGCCUAUGAACUUCAAGAGUGCCCAGACCCAGAGCCCUUUGCCAAUGGCAUCGUAAGGGGUGCUGGCUACAACGUUGGGCAGUCUGUGACCUUCGAGUGCCUCCCUGGGUAUCAACUGAUGGGCCACCCUGUUCUCACAUGUCAGCACGGCACCAACCGGAACUGGGACCACCCCCUGCCCAGGUGUGAAGUCCCCUGUGGCGGGAACAUCACCUCUUUCAACGGCACCGUGUACUCCCCGGGCUUCCCCAGCCCCUACUCCAGCUCCCAGGACUGUGUCUGGCUCAUCACCGUACCCAUUGGUCACGGCGUCCGUCUCAACCUCAGCCUGCUGCAGACAGAGCCCUCCGGAGACUUCAUCACCGUCUGGGAUGGGCCACAGCAAACAGCUCCCCAGCUUGGAGCCUUCAGCCGGAGCUUGGCCAAGAAAACAAUGCACAGCUCGUCCAACCAGGUGCUGCUCAAGUUCCAUCGCGAUGCGGCCACCGGCGGGAUCUUCGCCAUAGCCUUCUCUGCUUAUCCACUCACCAAAUGCCCUCCUCCCAAUCUUCCCAACGCUGAAGUCGUCACCGAGAAUGAAGAAUUCAAUAUAGGUGACAUCGUACGCUACAGGUGCCUCCCUGGCUUUACCCUAGUGGGAAAUGAGAUCCUGACCUGCAAACUUGGAACUUACCUGCAGUUUGAAGGGCCACCCCCAAUAUGUGAAGUGCACUGCCCAACGAAUGAGCUUCUGACAGACUCCACAGGUGUGAUCCUGAGUCAGAGCUACCCUGGAAGCUACCCCCAGUUCCAGACCUGCUCUUGGCUGGUGAGAGUGGAGCCCGAUUAUAACAUCUCCCUCACAGUGGAGUACUUUCUCAGUGAGAAGCAGUAUGAUGAGUUCGAGAUCUUUGAUGGCCCCUCAGGACAGAGUCCUCUGCUGAAAGCCCUCAGUGGAAAUUACUCAGCUCCCCUGAUUGUCACCAGCUCCAGCAACUCUGUGUACCUGCGCUGGUCCUCCGACCACGCCUACAAUCGGAAGGGCUUUAAGAUUCGCUACUCAGCUUCCUACUGCAGCCUGCCCAGGGCUCCGCUCCAUGGCUACCUCCUGGGCCAGACCACCACCCAGCCCGGAGGCUCCAUCCACUUUGGCUGCAACGCGGGCUACCGCUUGGUGGGACACAGCAUGGCCAUCUGUACCCGGCACCCCCAGGGCUACUACCUGUGGAGCGAGGCCAUUCCUCUCUGUCAAGCUCUUUCCUGUGGGCUUCCUGAGGCCCCCAAGAACGGAAUGGUGUUUGGCAAAGAGUACACGGUGGGAACCAAGGCUGUGUACAGCUGCAGCGAAGGCUACCACCUCCAGGCAGGUGCUGAGGCCACAGCAGAGUGUCUGGAGACAGGCCUGUGGAGCAACCGCAACGUCCCCCCGCAGUGUGUCCCUGUGACCUGCCCUGAUAUCAGCAGCAUGAGUGUGGACCACGGCCGAUGGAGGCUCAUCUUCGAGACGCAGUACCAGUUCCAGGCCCAGCUGAUGCUCAUCUGUGACCCUGGCUACUACUACACUGGUCAGAGGGUCAUCCGCUGCCAGGCCAAUGGCAAAUGGAGCCUUGGCAACUCUCUGCCCACCUGCCAAAUCAUCUCCUGCGGAGAGCUUCCCGUCCCCCCCAACGGGCACCGCAUUGGAACACUGUCCGCCUACGGGGCCACGGCCAUCUUCUCCUGCAAUUCCGGGUACACGCUGGUGGGCUCCAGGGUGCGCGAGUGCAUGGCCAACGGGCUCUGGAGUGGCUCCGAGGUCCGCUGCCUUGCCGGACACUGUGGGACCCCUGAGCCCAUCGUCAAUGGGCACAUCAACGGGGAGAACUACAACUACCGGGGCAGCGUGGUGUACCAGUGCAACGCCGGCUUCCGCCUGAUCGGCAUGUCCGUGCGCAUCUGCCAGCAGGAUCAUCACUGGUCGGGCAAGACCCCUUUCUGUGUGCCAAUUACCUGUGGACACCCGGGCAACCCAACCAACGGCCUCACCCAGGGCAACCAGUUCAACCUCAAUGAUGUGGUCAAGUUUGUCUGCAACCCUGGAUACGUGGCCGAGGGGGCUGCCCGGUCCCAGUGCCUGGCCAGCGGGCAAUGGAGCAACGUGCUGCCCACCUGCCGAAUCAUCAACUGUACGGAUCCUGGGCACCAAGAAAACAGCAUUCGUCAAAUCCACGCCAGCGGCCCGCACAGGUUCAGCUACGGCACCACGGUGUCUUACCAGUGCAACCACGGCUUCUACCUCCUGGGCACCCCCGUGCUCAGCUGCCAGGGAGAUGGCACGUGGGACCGUCCCCGCCCUCAGUGUCUCUUGGUGUCCUGUGGCCACCCGGGCAUCCCGCCCCAUUCCCAGAUGUCGGGGGACAGCUAUACCGUGGGGGCGGUCGUGCGUUACAGCUGCAUGGGCAAACGGACUCUGGUGGGAAACGCCACCCGCAUGUGUGGGCUGGACGGACACUGGACUGGCUCCCUCCCCCACUGCUCAGGCACGAGCGUGGGAAUUUGUGGUGACCCUGGCACCCCAGCCCACGGCAUCCGUUUGGGGGACAGCUUUGCGCCGGGCAGCCUGAUGCGCUUCAGCUGUGACGCUGGCCAUGUGCUCCGGGGAUCGUCAGAGCGAACUUGUCAAGCCAACGGCUCGUGGAGCGGCACCCAGCCUGAGUGUGGAGUGAUCUCUUGUGGGAACCCCGGGACUCCAAGCAAUGCCCGAGUCGUGUUCAGUGACGGCCUGGUUUUCUCCAGCUCCAUCGUCUACGAGUGUCGGGAAGGGUACUACGCCGCUGGCCUGCUCAGCCGGCACUGCUCGGUCAAUGGCACCUGGACGGGCAGUGAGCCCGAGUGCAUAGUCAUAAACUGUGGGGACCCUGGGAUUCCAGCCAAUGGCCUCCGGCUGGGCAAUGACUUCAGAUACAACAAAACUGUGACCUACCAGUGCGUCCCUGGCUACAUGAUGGAGUCACACAGGGUGACCGUGCUGAGCUGCACCAAGGACCGGACGUGGAAUGGCACCAAGCCAGUCUGCAAAGCCAUCAUGUGCAAGCCGCCGCAGCUCGUCCCCAAUGGGAAAGUGGUGGGGUCCGACUUCACAUGGGGCUCCAGCGUGACGUACGCCUGUCUGGAGGGGUACCAGCUCUCCUUGCCUGCCGUGCUCACCUGCGAGGGAAACGGGUCCUGGACCGGAGAGCUGCCUCAGUGUUUCCCUGUGUUCUGCGGAGACCCCGGCGUCCCACCCCGUGGGAGAAGAGAGGACCGAGGCUUCUCAUACAGAUCGUCCAUUUCCUUCUCCUGCCAGCCCCCUCUGGUGCUGGUGGGCUCUCCACGGAGGUUCUGCCAGUCAGAUGGGACGUGGAGUGGUACCCAGCCCAGCUGCAUAGACCCGAUGCUGACCAUGUGUGCAGACCCUGGCAUGCCGCAGUUUGGGAUACAGAACAGUUCCCAGGGCUACCAGGUUGGAAGCACGGUGCUCUUCCGUUGUCAGAAAGGUUACCUGCUCCAGGGCUCCACCACCAGGACCUGCCUCCCCAACCUGACGUGGAGCGGAACCCCGCCCGACUGUGUCCCUCACCACUGCAAACAGCCAGAGACACCCACCCACGCCAACGUCGGGGCCCUGGACUUGCCCUCCAUGGGCUACACACUCAUCUAUUCCUGCCAGGAAGGCUUCUCCCUCAAGGGUGGCUCUGAGCACCGCACCUGCAAAGCAGAUGGCAGCUGGACAGGCAAACCGCCCAUCUGCCUGGCAGAGGUCCGGCCCAGUGGGAGACCCAUCAACACAGCCCGGGAGCCUCCGCUCACGCAAGCUUCAGUUCCUGGGGAUGUUUUUGCCAAGAAUUCCCUAUGGAAAGGGGCCUAUGAGUACCAGGGGAAGAAGCAGCCAGCCAUGCUCCGCGUGACUGGCUUCCAGGCCAUCAACAGCAAGGUCAAUGCCACCAUGAUUGACCACAGUGGUGUGGAGCUACACUUGGCGGGAAUCUACAAGAAAGAAGAUUUCCAUCUUCUCCUCCAAGUUUACCAGAUUACAGGGCCUGUGGAGAUCUUUGUGAAUAAGUUCAAAGAUGAUCGCUGGGCCUUAGAUGGGCAUGUCUCCUCAGAGUCCUCCGGAGGCACCUUCAUCUACCAGGGCUCCGUCAAGGGCCAAGGCUUCGGGCAGUUCGGCUUUCAAAGACUUGACCUCAGGCUGCUGGAGUCAGACCCCGAGUCCAUCGGCCGCCACUUUGCUUCCAACAGCAGCUCAGUGGCAGCCGCGAUCCUGGUGCCUUUCAUCGCGCUCAUCAUCGCGGGCUUCGUGCUCUAUCUGUACAAGCACAGGAGAAGACCCAAAGUUCCGUUCAAUGGCUACGCCGGCCACGAGAACACGAAUGUUCGAGCCACGUUUGAGAACCCGAUGUAUGACCGCAACAUCCAGCCCACAGACAUCAUGGCCACCGAGGCGGAGUUCACAGUCAGCACGGUGUGUACAGCGGUAUAGCCCCCGGCCUGGCCGCCCUCGCCGCCGCCACCGAGAGCCCCGCCUCCGGCAGCCGUUCUCCAGGGGACAGGAAGUAGGCUCCCCUGAGCACAGUGCCCAGUGCCCAUCUCGUCUGUCUCUCCGCCCGUGUCUGCUACCGCUGGGACUUGGGCCUUCGCCCUGCCACCACCCGCACCCGCCACCCUGGAGAGGACUCCUACUCUGCCCUGAUUGGGGGCCAUAGAGGAAGAAGGGCUGCAGAUGCUAUGGACUGAAACUAGCAAAGGAUUUUGUGGGUGUGCACAUGUGUGUAUGGGCCUGAACACACACACACACCCCUCUCCUUUGUUUGAAUUCAACGGAAGAGACCACAGAAGCUUAAAAAAGAGAAAUGUGUGUGCAAGAUGCCCCAUGCUCUGCUCCCCACAAACCCUGAGAGACGAGGUCAUGAAGAAGAAGCACGAUCAGAUCAGCAUGGAAACCAACACGCCCGUCCCGCUUGUCAGGCCCUGGGGGAUGUGUCAGCAGGACGCUUCCCCAGGGCGAUGGCAGCAGAGACCAGCCACCCGCAAGUGGGCAGUCCCAGCUGCAGGCAGGCAGCAAGGAUUACCCCAAGGGCAGGAGCCAGUCUUAAGAAAUCAUUUGGAAAUUAUUUUUUUCUGCCAUAAUUUUAUUCAGUUCUAAACCCAGUGAAUUAAAAAGCCCUUUUAGGUUGAAGGCAACACUGAAAAAGUGGGGCGCAUCCGGAGAGGUAAGGGCAGGAAGCUGGCCAAGAGCUUGCCAAGGUCAAGUCUUGGCUUGAAGAGAAUAGAAGCAAGUGUGUGGCCCAGACCAGGGACACCACCAAGUCUGCAGGCAUCAGAGAGGCGCUGGAAGGGACAGGACAGCAAGCCUACUCCAGGGUGCAAAAAUACCGGCUACCGUAUGUUGUUUCUUCUCUUUGCCUGACAUGUUACGUGUAUCAUUUCUAGUCCUUACAGCAAGCCCAGAAUGUAGGAAAUACUAUUCAGGAUGGAUGAGAAGCAGAAAGGUGAAGAGAUAUAAGCCUUUAGUUAGUAAGUGUGGAGUCAGGCUGCAAACCCAGAUGGAUCUGACUCUGGAGUCCACUACACCAGCUUCCAGAAACCCAGGUCUAAAAGGAGGCGAAGGAGGUAGAUCCCUGUGUAGAAUGAUGGCCAGGGGUGGUGGGCCAGGCAGGGGACCCAUGUGUCCUUCUGGGUUCUGUUCUCUCCACCUUGGCAGCGUCAGAGCCAGGACCCAGGAACCCAGGCUUCCCGGAGCUGGUGCUGGCCUCUUGGCUCCCAGCAGCCCCUCACAGAGCCGACUCAGGACCUGGGAGCUCCUGAAUCAAAAGAGUGGAGGAAAGGGGUCUCAUUCUCUCCCGCUCCCUGCAAGUAGCUUUGGUUUACGUUACGUUUCAUCACCGUGCCCGGGUGGUUGAUGAAUUUCACAGAAGCGCUGGUUGACAAGCAAACGCGUUUGGGAAUCAAACGGUGGCAUUUAGAGCCACUUUGUCCGUCCUCGGGAAGGUCCCCAGGGGCUGAAGCCCCUGUGCGUGUCUGACAUGCUGGCUUCAGAUCACGUGUUAAAAUGACACAGAGAGACGUACGGAGUGGAGUUGCAGGGACACCUGGUUUGUAAGCAGAUUCCAAGUUGGAACCAUGAGAUGUGACUCACGUGAAGAUGGGCUCCAGCAAGAGGUGUCCCUUUCCAGCAGACGCACCUGGGACUGGCCAUGGCAGGAGCCCAGCCACACACACCCACUCUGGGUCCCAGCAUCGCUGGGCUUGGCGGGAGAGGACCAGUCCAGACGAACCCACUCUCAUGCUCAUCUCUCUCUCUCUCUCUCCGGAAGCAAAUGCAGGAUGCUCUUCGGCUGCCCCCACCCCCUUAUUACACUCCUCUGAGACCACCCAGUAGACGCCUCCUCCAGCCCUGUCACCUGUGUCCCUCCCCGUGUCCCAUUGUGAAGUCCCAGGAGAUGACCGAGGAGCACUCUGCUGUGCGUUACCCUUCCCCACCUCUGGCAUUUUCGUGCCACCUCCAGAGGCUUGGAAGCAACCAGGGCAGACUAGGCCCUUCACCCACCAUCCAUACCAUGUACCCACCGCCAUCCCAUGAAGAAAAAAAAAAAAGUAAAACAAAAAUUAAAAAAAAAAUCUUUUGUACAGAGAUAUAUUUUUAUUAUACAAAGUUUGUACAGUACCAAAAAAAAGAAAGAAAAAAAAGGUGUACAAUUUUUUUUCAUUAUUGUAGGUAAACGGUAGUGGAAGCCUUUUUUUGUAAAUGUAAUAAAAUGUAUAAAUAUGGUUUUCAGAAAACAUCAAGUGCUGUAAAUAUGUAAUCUACACACCUUCUUGGCUUGUCUGCAGUAUAUACAUUUAAUUUAUCUGUCUCUGUAUAUGAGGCUUCCCCCUGGGGCCCUGCACUAUGGUACUUUCCUGAAUUUGAAAGCAAUUUUAAAUUUUUUGAAUUCAAAUAAAAUAUAAAUUUUU